AUGUUGCCAUCAGUCGUUUGUCUGUUGGUUCAAAAAAGUGCUUCGUUCAAUCCCAACCGCCUACAGAAAAAAAAAAAAACAAAUAUGUAUUAUUUAUAUUCUUCAUCUGUGGCAAGCUGGCACAUGCGCACAUCAAGACUCGUUGGCCAGCUAUCUAUCUAUCUAUCUAUCUAUCUAUCUAUCUAUCUAUCUAUUCAGUGUAGUCAUGUACUUGUAAAAUUUAACUACCUACGUUAUCUAUCUAUCUAUCUAUCUAUCUAUCUAUCUAUCUAUCUAUCUAUCUAUCUAACACAUAAUGUACUGUAUUACAGUCUGUUUUUAUCUAUCUAUCUAUCUAUCUAUCUAUCUAUCUAUCUAUCUAUCUAUCUAUCUAUCUAUCUAUCCAUUCGGAAGUAUCUAUCUAUCUAUCUAUCUAUCUAUCUAUCUAUCUAUCUAUCUAUCAUGUGUUUGAAGAAGUCUCCAGCGGAAAAAAAAAUGAUUUGCCAGAUAUGA